CUCAGCUGUUUUGGAUGUUUUCUUCGUUGCGCCUUGUAAACAGUCUCCGCAGUCUCUUUGUUCUUGGAGUGGAAACUGCUGCACGCUCGCGCUCUAGUGUAAUGCGUUAUCGCGGAAGACAACAUCGUGCAGGGAUAGACUGCCUAGAGCCGCUGCCCCUAACAACGUGAGGCCAUCGGAGCAGAGGAGCGGAAACUUCGGGAUUCGGAAGAGGACCGAAGCAAGCGAAGUCUGGUGCUCCGACGAGGGACGACCUUCACCCAGCCCGAGGAUUACACUCUAUGCGCGCUAAACUCGGAUCAUGGGCGAGCAGCUCGAAGAAGUGGCCGUCGGCACGCGCGUCUCCUGCGACGGUCACUACGGCGUGGUACGCUACUGCGGACCGGUAGUCGACACCAAGGGCACAUGGCUGGGCAUUGAAUGGGAAGACCCAUACCGUGGCAAGCACAAUGGAUGCCACAAUGGUGUCCAGUACUUUCAAACAAGGUCGGAGACAGGCGGAUCGUUCAUUCGUCCGCAGAAGGUGGAGCGGACGCUGAGCGUGGCGGAUGCUGUGCGCGAGAAGUACUUCUCAACCCUAUCCGAUCUAGAGGCACCCAGCCUCAGUGAAGACCAAGAUGUGCUGCUCUUGCAGUUCACGCCGAACCGGACUGUUCAGUUUGUCGGCCCCGAGAAAAUCACCGCCAUUCUCAGCCGUGGCGAGACUAUCCGUGAGGUGGUCCUGGCAAAUAUGCCCGUGGACCGGCCUGGCAAUGAUGGUGAGCUGGCGGGCCUGGUGCCCAAGCUUCAAUGCCUGGUGCUCACACACACCAUGUUGUCGACGUGGGAACAAGUGGCACAGAUCACCCGUCAGCUGCCGUACCUGUCGGAACUGCACCUCAGCAAGAACAUGCUGGAGAUACCAAAGGAGCCGGCAGAGCUUCGGGACUACUUCCGGUCUGUUCGGCAGAUGGUCCUGCGGGGUGUUGGCUACAGCUGGGACCAGGCCCUGCAGUGUGCAGAGAUGUGGCCCUGGGUCGAGAAUCUGGUUCUGUCGCUGAACGGCAUCAGCGUUCUGCGGCCGCCACCCGAGAUGCUGUUUCAGCAGCUCGAACGCCUGUCGCUACAGGACAACCCUAUCUCCUCCUGGGAGACUGUCUGCCAUCUGGGGCAUUUGCCAAGGUUAAAAAGCCUGUCACUGGCUGACUGCGACCUGACAAGCAUCUCGUUCCCGGAUACACCGCCGGGCCAGAAAACCCCAUUGUUUGCCAACCUGGUGAUACUGAACCUUCACAACAACCGUCUUGAAGAGUGGGUCAGCAUAGCGGAGCUGAACAAGCUGGCGCGUCUGGAGGAUCUGUUUGUGAAAGGGAACCCUGUGACAGUCCGUGAGAGGCGGCACAUCUCACGCUGCCUCCUGGUGGCUCACCUGGGAAACCUGCAGCUCCUCGACAGAAUGGCGGUCACAAGAGAUGAAAGGCGUGAAGCUGGCAUCUACUACGUAAACCGGUUCUUUCCAUUGUGGGUCCAGUGUGGUGGAACUGCAGAAGGGGGCACACCUUCUCCAGAGUUCCUCCGUGAACAUCCUAGGUUCCUCAGCCUUCUCAAAACCUAUGGAGCACCGGAAACUGUGCCAGAUGGCAAAACGUCGUCAUUAAACAAGAGGGUCAUCACUGUUGAAAUUCAUGCGCCCCAGGAACCUGAUCGAGGACCAAUCAGGAAGCGCCUACCGUUGUCCAUGUCGGUGGAGAAGCUGAAAGCCCUGGUGAUGCAGCUGUUCCCUCGGAAAGGAAGCCGCUUCUGCCUUUCCCUGGCAAGUCUUGAGGAAGGAAAGGAGUCAGUGCUAGACAAGGAACGCCGUGACCUCAGCUUCUAUGACAUCACCGAUGGCAGUCGCAUCUAUGUGCGUUGGUAGGGGUGCGCACGUCGUGUGUUGGGCGUGAAGUGUUUGGAACGAAGUGUUGUGAUGGCUAAAUGGGUACACUCCACUGCUGUGCUCGUGCCGUGUCAUGUAGACCAGCUACCUUCGAUUCACUGUUGCAAGCGCACCGUAUUCGAUGUGACAGAGCGACCCUCCAUCAUCUUUCUGUUUCGUUUAGCCUGUGAAGGCUAGUGCGUGUCAAGACGUCAUCAACCACAUCUGCCAUUUUGUUUGCUGCUACACUGCAGUUGAAGCAUUUGCUGUCCGUGUGCGUGUGUGUGCAUUGCGAGAGAUGUUAGAACAUAAGGAAAACCUUGUAACCUCGCUUGCUUUUUUUUUUAAUCGUCAGCCUAUCCGCUAGUGUACAGUGGAACCUCGCUGAUACGAUUCUGCGUAAUAUACGUUUUUCGGGAUGAUGCUUUUUUUUUUUCCCCGAUAAUAUGAUUUGGUUGGAUAAUGCAUUGGAUGAUACGAUUUUGGCAUGGAUACGCUUUAUUUUCCGGUUCCUGUGAAGAUCGUAUCAACGAGGUUCCCGACUGUACUUGUUUCGUGCGGAGACCUUCUGUGAAGGUUUGCUGUGUUUUGUUACAGCUAACUUAUCAAUAUCGCUCAUCUGCUCCUUGAUAGCUUCCUCACAUGAGACUAGGGGGCAGCAUAUAUAUACAUUUAUACAUAUAUACAGGCCUUUGCAAAAUGCAAUUUCAAGGUACUCGUGGGGCAGGAAACCUGUAAUAUAGUUGAACAGGUAAUUGAGUAAUAAGACAUAGAAGGUGUUCCCACUGUCUGAAAAGCCAAUGCCUGUAUUAAAUCAUAACAUUAUAAAUUGUGACUUGAUGCAUUUUAUUUAGCAUAAUGUUUCUGGCUGUCUCAGAAUUCCAUACAGACCCUAUUGUCUUGCAAUUUUGUGCAGCCCUUCAGAUAUAGCUGCCCUAGAUUUCUGCAGUAACGUGAACAUUUGUAUAGGCAACUUUGAUAUACUCAAGUUGUUUUAGGGUGGGCUCCUUAGCUGUAUGAAAUUAAUACUGUGCUCAGCCCUUCAUGCAAGUAUUCCAUCUUUUUUUGCCAAGCAAACCACUUCAAUGUGCUGUGCCAUUGUCAGAGUGCAAUGUUGCCUUAGCAGCUUGUAGAAAAACUAGCUGUUGUGAUGUCAGCAUUAGUUUUUAGGUAUAUGCACUCCAACCCUUGUGUGUUGCAUCUAGCAAGUAAAGUACCGUAUUCGAAUAUAAGGCGAAGCUUCUUCCCAGAAUCUCUUGCUGCAAAGUCACCCCCUGUCUUAUAGGUACGCGAAUUUUGCCUUUAGGUGUGGCUUCACGGCAGCGUGCAUAUCCCCUUGUAGUGUGGCUUUACGACAGCGCAUGCGGCCGUGAAGCAACACCUAAAGGCAAAAAUUUACUUGUAACCCGUACUCCACUUGUUGGAGCUCCCUUCCCCCCAUAUUUCAUGGUUGCCAUUUUGCGUUUUAGCUGUGUUAGUAAUUUAGUAUUUUGGGCAAUCCCUGCCGAGUCUGAAUAAUCCGUCGGCUACUCUAUAUCGCCUUAUUUUAGUGUGCAUACUUAUUUUUCUUGGCUCCUCCAACUGGCACACCUUAUAAUCGUGACCGCCUUACAAAUGAAUAAAUACGGUACACAUUGUGCAAAGUUGGCUUUGCACAGCUGUGGCCCCAAGUUAGACCUGUGAUGAAACUUAUGUAUGUGCGUAAGUAGUCAAACGAAGCCGUCAAACAUGGCAUGGACAUCAUGUGGUGUGCAGUAGUUUGUAACGGCACCCAUGUGCACAGCCAGGCUUUGUGCCAAGGGAUAGGCUGCCUUGUCAGAAAUGGUAUUUUUAUGACGACAGCGCGCGUGCUAAUUUUAUGAAAAUGCACACUUGUUGCAAAAGAUAUUAUGGCAUAUGCUACAUUUAAUAAAUAUUUCUUGCUUGUUUUAGUGGAGGCGUGCGUUUAGGAAGAUAGUGUGUUAAAGGGGCCAUGCCAUGGUUGCCCCACUAUUUUCAGUUUAUCAUUAUAACCGAGAGUAGAGAGGCCAAUAUGGUUUCUCGCAGGCGAAAAAUUGGGCUAUCACUGCCACAAUUUUAAAUCGAAAUUUCAUUUUGAAGUCUCUGCUUUGAAGCCCCUCUCACCAACAGUGUGUUGGCAUGGAUAGUGUGAUGUCAGGAAGUUGGUGCCCACUGCUGUGCUAUAUGCUCCAAAACCACAUCGGAUGUGUCUUGCUCCGCAUGCUUCCAGCACAGCAGCGCCACAAGGGUGCCACGGUUGAUUUGGCCGUGCAAUUCUUUCACUCUAGCGAUAAAAGCAGUGCAAAUCAAACACUUGCGGAAACCAUUUCAGCCUGACCACCAUCGCCGCCGAUGGUGACCGUGACUUAUUUCCACCUCCUGUAAUUCCUUCCGGCGCUUGGAGUACGAACUAACAUUACUUUUCCGAUCGACUUCCAUUACUUUGAGCUAGUCUUCAGUGGAAAUGCGAUUUUAUUUUGUCACCAGUUAGCGUUGCCAGACUGCUGUACGAUUCAACUGAGAUGGAUAGAUGGAUGUAAAACUUUAAUGAACGUCCUGAGGUACGCGACUCAGCGCGCAGCGGGAUAACCGAGAUAAAAAAAUUAUUAAAAUGCAACUUUUCUGUCACACUGGGCGCACUCAAAUUUUGCUAGCUUGCUGCGAGAUGCUUACGGUUUAACGUGCAAUGCAAAUUGAAGCUCGAAAAUUGUUGUCGUGGCCUCCUUCAAGCAUGUAGAAAACAAGUUGCCCACUGCAUUAGAACGCUUGGCAGCAGACAUUAGUGAGGAAUAUAUUGUGUGCUCUCUGAAUGCUGAUGUUUCCUUACAAGUAAAAAGCACAAUGUCUUGAGAUGAAUAAUUAUGCCGUAUGAAGAGCUCAAGGAACUCGCAUGGAAGUCUUGUGAAAUUGCUGUAAAUAAUAACCCAAAAUAAACUCUAUAUUCAUAUUGCACA